ACAAAAAUAUCUAUCACACAAUUCUUCCUCCUCAACAACCCAAAACAUUGACAACCUGUGUGAGUUUUGCAAUGAUGAGAGGUGCUGCUUCGACCGGACUAUUAGCAGUCACGGUAAUGAUGCUAGUGGUAUUGAACCAAUUAGAGAGUGCUACUGCUAAUGCUUCGUUAUCAUCACCAUCAAACAAAAUUUAUUGUAAUAUUUAUAGAGGAAGUUGGGUCUACGACAAAUCUUACCCUCUCUAUGAUUCCAAGUCUUGCCCUUUCAUCGAGAGACAGUUUAGCUGCAAGCUUAAUGGUCGCCCCGACAGCGAUUACCUCAACUAUCGUUGGCAACCAACCGGUUGCAAUAUCCCAAGAUUCAACGGCUUAGAUUUUCUGGAAAGAAUAAUGAGAGGGAAGAGAAUGAUGUUCGUGGGAGAUUCAUUGAGUCUCAAUCAAUGGCAGUCUCUCACGUGUUUGCUCCACAACGCCGCACCAAACGCUAACUUCACCAUGACUCGUACCCCUUCUGGCCUCUCCAUCUUCUCUUUUCCCGCUUACAAUGCAACGAUUAUGUUCUCAAGAAACGCGUUUCUUGUGGAUAUAGUCGGAGCCCCACCAAAGCGAGUGAUUAAACUCGACUCAAUCUCGAGCGGUUCGCUAUGGAAAACCGCAGACGUUUUGGUCUUCAACUCUUGGCAUUGGUGGCUUCACACCGACCGAAAACAACCAUGGGACGCAGUUGAGUAUGGGAAUAUAACGGUUAGAGACAUGGACCGGUUAGUGGCCUAUGAGACAGCGAUUAGGACUUGGGCUAAGUGGAUAGAUCAAAACAUUGAUCCUUCCAAAACUAAAGUCUUUUUCCAAGGUGUCUCUCCUGACCAUACCCACUCAAGCGAAUGGUCUAAGCAAGGUGGUAAAGGCAGCUGCAUUGGAGAAGCCAAGCCUGUUAUGGGAUCAAUCUAUUUGGCAGGGCCACACAGAGCAGAGAUGGUUGUGGAGAAAGUGAUCAAGACGAUGAAGAAUCCAGCUCGGUUAAUGGACGUGACAUUGAUGUCUCAGCUAAGGAAAGAUGGACAUCCUUCGGUCUACGGAUUUGGCGGUCACAAGAACCCCGAUUGUAGCCACUGGUGUCUUGCUGGAGUUCCGGAUAGCUGGAACCAGCUCUUGUACUCUGAGUUGUUUCAUUCUUGAUUGCUCAUUGAUAUAGAGACUCUCGAACCUAGCUCAAUUCAUUAUACAUAUAUAUUUGGUUGUUUUGAUUCAUGUAUGUCUUAAAGUCAUUUUGG